CUAUAUAAUAUACUGUUUUCGUCGAUCAUUCAUUUAUCCGGUCCCGCACACUAUAUAGCAGAAACCGCAUUGCAGUCGCAGCAGUCAUCGCGCCAACAUCACCAAUACUCCCAGCACCGCAAACGCAGAUGUCCAGCACGAAAUUCUCGAUAUCCGCUGCAUCUCGUCGUAACAGUAUUAGCACGCACAUAUCCGGCUUUUGUACCAAUAGAUGCACUCCGACCUAUCGUAAUAAUAUUACUACGCCGGCUGCAAAGAAUGAUCAAUAGCGCUGCGCACGACUAGUUUGAGCGUAACGGAAGGCGACGACGGCGGUGCGUCUACGCGUGCGGAAGCAGCAGCAGCAGCCGCUGUACAAGUAUACCAUACGAGCGGUACACGGUGUGCUCGUAGCGAAAGCAUCAAACGCCCGAGACAAGAACACCGACUGCACAGUGACGAUUGCGGCGAGUGAUCGCGGAACCCGGCGCAAAUUCGCCUGCACCAUCUGCUCAAGUUAUUGUUUUAGCGUACCAAGAGAACUGCACCAAACAAUAAGGCGACAAAAAUCACAAACUAAUUAGUUGUUGUUCAUCGUCGUCACAUCCACUAGCACGGUAUCGCCGAAUUCACCUCAUAAUUUAUCAUCGACCAUAAACAGUACCAACACCAAACAUACAGCUGGUCUAAUUUUGCUCACCACAAGAAGAUAUUACCUCAAUAUUAGGAAUGGAUAACCCAGCAGCAGUGCUGACAGAUGACGUGGAGGAUUGGAGUUCACGGGCGCCAUCGACACAUACUCGGUUAAGCGGUGGUUCCGAUGGUAGUUUACCUAAUUCAUCACAGACACAAUCAACAAUGUCUCAACAUCAACGAUCAACACCACAACAACACUACAAGCGCAAUGCGUCUACUUAUUCAAUAGAUAUUCCAGCAACCCUAGGGCUGAUGGUGACGAACGGCAAUCCUGCUGCCAACGGAGGAUCAACUACAUCGUCUACCAUGAAGCUGACCGAGUACUCGAGCAGCGGCAGCAACAGCAGCAACAGCGGAAGUGUGGGCGAUGGGACCGCGACGGCUACGUCGUACAUCAUUUCGGGCGGCAACGGCGUAAAGACCGAUGCCAACGGAAAGGUUGGCGGACGCCGUCGCAAAGGCGGCAAGAGGCAGCCGCGUUACGAUCCGUUCGAGAUGCGGGACAAGUCCGAGUCAACCACUGACAGUGGUGCCUUAUUACAUCUAAUCAAGAGCAGUCUCGGCAGUGGUAUCCUCGCCAUGCCAAACGCGUUCAAAAACGGUGGACUUAUUUUUGGACUUGUCGGCACGGCAGCCAUCGGAGCGCUUUGCACGCAUUGCAUUUAUCUUUUGGUUUUAUGUUCGCAAGCUCUAGCUCGCCGCACUCGCCGCCCAUACCUUGGGUUUGCCGAAACUGCCGCAGCCGCGUUUAGUACUGGCCCUCGCCGAUUCCGUGCCUGGGCCCCGUUCGCCAAAGAAUUUGUCAACGCUGCCUUGUUCUGCACGUAUUAUUUUGGAAACACUGUAUACGUUGUGCUCGUCGCCGCAUCGUUCAAGCAGGUGGCUGACACGCACACUUCGCCAGAAUGGCACAUGCCCAUCCGCACCUGGAUCCUCAGCCUUGCCAUUCCGCUGGUGCCAUUGGGUAUCAUCCGUACGCUCAAGGUACUGGUUCCGUUUUCGGCCAUAGCCACCGCGUUCAUACUGGUGGGUUUAGGGUGCACCAUGUCGUGGGUGGUGACCGGCGUCAGCCUGUUCGCCGACGAGAGUGCUCUAACGGCUGCAGUACCACUACCCGACAUCGGAUCCCGCCCGUGGAUCGCCCCCGUGGGCCACAUGCCCUUGUUCUUCGCCACCGUCUUGUUCGCCAUGGAGGGCAUCGGCACUGUACUCCCGAUAGAGAAUUCAAUGCGCCAUCCAAAGCGGUUCCUUACAGCUCGUCCUUGUGGAGUUCUAAACGCCGCCAUGUUGCUGGUCGUGUGUUUGUAUUCGGUCGCCGGAUUUCUUGGAUAUUUGCGUUUUGGUGACGCCACUGACGGAUCAAUCACGCUCAACCUGCCCAACGAUCUGUUCGCUGAGUCGGUGAAAAUCAUGGUGGCACUGUCCAUAUUGUUCUCGUACGGUCUGCAGUUCUGCGUGCCCAGCGAAAUAGUGUGGGCUCGACUGGAGCCGUGGUUGCUCAAGCGUCAGCAAAACAACAAAUAUUCUGCGAACAACAAAUUGACAACUCCUUCCACGCCAGCCGUUAACACCAUCGCAGGCAGCACCGUAUCUACAACCACCGCAGUCACUUCGACCAAUACCUCAUCUGUGAACGAGAAAAAGCAGCUCGAGAUCGAAUCUAAGAAAACGGAAAAACCCGUGGGAAAAGCGUAUUAUGUGAUGAGGGGCAGCAUGAUCCUGGGAACCGUGUUCAUCGCCGCUCUGGUACCCGACCUGGCGCCGUUCAUCUCGCUCAUCGGCGCGGUGUUCUUCUCCAUACUGGGACUGAUGUGCCCGGCCGUCAUCCACCUGGUCACGUUCUGGAACCACGGCAACGAGGACGGCGAGGACACGGACGACGAGACCGACUCGGAGGGCGACUUGGACUUUGACGGCGACUACUACGCGGUGGACGACGACACGGACCUGGAGGCGGUGCAGCGGCAGCCGCAGCGGAGGAGGAGCAGCGGCCGGUCGACGCGCCGCCGUCGCAAGGGCAUGAGCCGGUGGACCGUGGCCAAGGACGUGGCCAUCGUUAUGAUCGCGCUCAUCGCCCUGGUGUCCGGCACGUACGCGUCGCUGGUGGACAUCGUGGCGUUCUACGGGUCCGGCGGCGAGGGCGGCGGCCAUCACGCGGCCAACGGCACCGCCGUCACCACCGUCACCACCACCACCAUUGGCCCGGGCCCGGAAUCGGCGUUCUUGGUGGCGGCGAACGGCACGCGUUGAGACCGGACCGGACACGGACCGGAAGCGAAGCCGAAACAACGAUGAUAUAUACAGUAAAACAUAAUAUUAUUUCGAGCAAUGCGCAAUGGUUUUAUUUUUUUCUCGAUCGCGCCUGCCUGCCACGCAUUUCUGUCUCCGAAUCGUACGACGAACUUAUUUUCGAAAACACAACCCCUCCCCCCCCUCAACUCCAAAUACCUAUACCUAUUUUUUUAUACACUUGUUAUUUUAGUCGUCCAGCCACGUUUUUCGAUAUACGUAUUUAUACAAUUGUCGUAUUCCCACGUGUAUUAGUUGAUUAUUACUGUAUUGCAUUUGUUUUUUCAGUAUUUUUUUUUUUUUUUUAUUUAUUGACUAUAUCCAUUUGUAUAUUGUAUGAUAUUAUAUAUAUAUACAUGUAUACAUAUUAUAAUAUAAUAUAAUUCCAGUACAUUAUUAUUAUUAGUUAAUAAGGUAGUGUGUAGUUUUACGGUGGAAAACAUGUUGUUUUCCACCUUUGCGUUUCUCGCAUUUAAAUUAUAAUACUAUAUAAUAUAUUAAUUACGACAUUCGUAACAAUUCUGUUACGAUUUAUUUUUAGUUUUAAUUUUUUCUUAACAUUAUCGGGCUUAAUGUAACAAACGCGUGCGAGUUCACGACAAAAUAUUUUAUAAUUAUAUACAUUAGUAUACAUUAUUA